AUGACAUCAAGAACAACAACAGCGACUGAGCUCGACGAAAUCUACACCUUUGCCGUCCAACUCGGAAAAGAUGCAGGUAACCUCCUCAUGGAAGCUGCCCGCUUGCGAUUCAGCAACAACAAUGCCAACCACGACAAGGAAUCCACAACCCAAGAGUUCACCGAAAAGGACUCCGCUGUCGAUAUUGUAACCCAAACCGACGAAGAUGUCGAAGCUUUCAUCAAAUCUGCCAUCAAUACACGCUAUCCUUCCCACGACUUCAUUGGGGAAGAGACCUACGCGAAAUCGUCCCAGUCCACGCGCCCCUACCUCGUCACCCAUACGACUCCAACAUGGGUCGUCGACCCCCUUGACGGCACGGUCAAUUAUACCCAUCUCUUCCCCAUGUUCUGCGUCUCCAUCGCCUUUCUCGUCGACGGCACACCGGUAAUAGGAGUCAUAUGCGCGCCGAUGCUUGGCCAACUUUUCACGGCCUGCAAAGGGCGGGGUGCUUGGCUUAAUGAGACACAACGGUUGCCGCUGGUGAGGCAGCCGAUGCCGAAGAGCGCACCGGGGGGUUGUGUGUUUAGUUGCGAAUGGGGCAAGGAUCGGAAGGACAGGCCAGAAGGUAACUUGUACCGAAAGGUGGAGAGUUUCGUUAAUAUGGCUGCCGAGGUUGGGGGGCGAGGCGGGAAGGGAGGAAUGGUGCAUGGUGUCAGAAGUUUGGGAAGCGCGACCCUGGAUCUCGCUUACACGGCAAUGGGUUCUUUUGACAUCUGGUGGGAAGGAGGGUGCUGGGAAUGGGAUGUGGCGGCAGGUAUAGCGAUCCUGCAGGAGGCUGGAGGUCUGAUAACCUCGGCAAACCCGCCUGAAGAUUGGGCAACGGCAGAGAUACCAGACGUGAAGCUGGGUAGCCGGUUAUACCUCGUCGUCCGGCCUGCAGGGCCGUCUGAAGGGGAGACAGCACGUGAAGGGCAAGAGAGAACGAUCAGAGAAGUUUGGAGGCGUGUGCGUGCUUUGGACUACACGCGACCAGGUGCUUGA